GAGAGAGAGAGAGAGAGAGUGAGUGGUGUGAUACAGUGUGUAAUAGACAAGGCACUCUCUUCCCUGUUAGAUCUGGGAUUCUAGAGAGAGAAAGUAUGAGUGGAAGAGGCAGUAACAAUGGAGGUGGUGGUGGGGUUGUUGGGGUUCAAUCGAUACCAGCGGCGUCUCGAAAGAUGGUACAAAGCUUAAAGGAGAUAGUAAACUGUCCAGAAACGGAGAUCUACGCUAUGCUCAAAGAGUGUAAUAUGGACCCUUACGACGCUGUCAAUAGGCUUCUCUCUCAAGAUCCUUUUCACGAGGUGAAGAGCAAACGAGAUAAGAAAAAAGAGAAUAAGGAUACACCGGAAUCCAGGUCUAGAGGUGCCAGCAGCACUUCCAAUCGUGGUGGCAGGAGCAGUACAGACCGUUAUGUUGGACGUGGUGGCUCAAACCAUUUUAGUUCCGAUGCCAGUGCUAUGCAUGGCAAACCUGCAUACAAGAAGGAAAAUGGAACAAAUUCUAAUACAAGUUCUUCAUUUUCAGCAUCUGGAAUGGCAGGAAAUAACAUGAAUCAGCAACCUCCUGCCCUCAUUGAGUCCAUUACCACUGCAAAUAAAAUUUCAACCAUAAGCGCAGUUGAUGGUAUUUCAUCAGCCUCACAACCUCCUUCUGGAUAUCAACCUGCUUGGUUGGGGGUCCCCGGUCACGUGUCAAUGGCUGACAUUGUGAAGAUGGGAAGGCCACAUGGAAAAACUUCCAGCAUGUCAAACCCAUCUCACCACAGUGUUAAUCAUCUUUAUGGUCAAGGAACUUCGUCCACUGCCUCACAUCCUGAUUUUCAUUCUUCUGAGGAUCAUGCUUCUGAGGAUUCAGCUAUAAAUCCCGAGACAGGGGUUGCAUCAGCCCUUCAUGUUUCAUCUGAUGAUGAGUGGCCCUUGAUUGAAGAGCCACCAGCUGCUAGUGUGCCCUCUGUCUUGAAGCCACCUCCAGAUUCUGAGCUGCAUCCGGAUGCUUCUAACUUGCCAUUUGACAGAACUAAGCGGCGUGUACGUUUCCAGGUGAAUGAGGUUCAUGAAGCAGCUGUUCCUAUUGAAAAUCUUAGUGCAAACCAUGUUGGAUCUGCUUCUGUUUCCAGUAGAAAGAUCCUGGAGGAUAAUGCUGGAGGUGCAGCUCUAUAUGACAACGAUGCAUAUAAGAACAUGGGGUCAUACCAUCCUCAAAGUCGUACUUUCGAGCACCAGGAAGAUGGUGGUGUCUCAGUGGCAUCAGUGACCACAAACUUGGAACAAGUUAAUAUACAGGCGGAUCAGAGAGCACCACCUGACGAGGAAGGCCCUUCUGUCAUAAUUCCAAAUCACCUGCAAGUCCAGACUGCAGAUUGCUCACACUUAAGUUUUGGUAGCUUUAGAUCUGGCAUUAAUGAUGCCUUUUCUGGGCCCUUUGCUUCUAGACCAUUGAAAACGGACAUGGAUGAGGCAUCUUCAGAUGCAGAUGCAGAUGCAGAUGCUUCAUCAAUUGGGCACUCGGAUACCAGAAAUUCUGAGUACUAUGGAGAUGAGUCUCUCAGAAUUGCCACAGAAGGUAAUCCAAUUCAUAGUCCUGGCGCAAAUGCUAGGAGUUAUGAUUCACCUUCUGCUUCACAACCAGAAGUGUUGAAACAGGAGAACCCUGAAUUGUUAGAUGGAAAUCAUUAUGCCUUUCCCUCAUCUACACCACGUUAUACCUUUGAAAACGCCCAAGAGAUGAACACUGCCUUCAGUCAAUCUCAGACUAGUUCUCAGAUGCAAAAUCUUGGUCCCUUCUCAAGUGCAAUGGUAAAUUAUAUGUGACACGUUUUCUUAUUGCUGCUUUAGGAAAUCAAUGUAUGCCUUUAUGAAGUAAAAGUUGUGAAUAUGAUAAAUAUUACCCGGAACAAAAACACUGGCGAUAAAGAAUCUCUGAAAUUGACCCAUUCAUGUUGAGUAGAGGAUCUUCAACCCUUCGGAUACAAAAGAAUCCAUAUUCCAUUUUGGAUGAUAGUGUCAAAUUUGAAGAAACUGAAAAUAGUGGAGAUUUUGAAUAAGCUUUGAUAAUUAUUACAAUAGUAUUUUCAUAAAAUCAGUUGGACCCCAUAGUGUAUAUAUUUUUCUGCUUUGUGUGUGUGUGUGU